AAUAUGGCUCCUCGACCUCCACCGCCUCUACCCCACCGCAACCCUACACGGCUUCGACAUCACCAGUAACCCUACACCAUCUGAACAUCCUCCACGAGAUCCCCGAAAAAUACGUCGGAGGAAUUAAUGAAGCGGAUUGAUACCCGCUUUCGAGCGAAUACACCUGUCUGGUCCGUGCAUCUAACAAGCACCCUCACCGAAGAAGGCCUCCAGCACGUCCUAAAAGACGAAUCCACCCCCGACGCGUACGUAUUGAUUCUCGACCAGGGGAAUUACCUCGGCUUGUUCGGCGAACGGAUUAGUAAGGUAUCUGGGGAGGAGAAUGCGGUGUUACGGG